AGGAUUUUGACAUCCAGCUAUUUUUUACUUUGCAUUCACGUUCUGUUUCUGUCAAUAACAAUUUAAAGCAAUAUAUUCACUGAGAACAUCUGCCCCCAUCCUCCCGAUGUAUUUCAUAGUGUCAACAUUCAUUCGGAAAAAAAGUCUUUAAUCUUUCUUGUUUGUUUGUAAAUGCAGUGGUAAUUGACGAUCAAAACUUUUAGAAACAAACGGGACAUCCUUCCUUUGAAGUUCAAAAAGGAACGUGCGUUAAUGAUAAGUUAACGUAAUUUCAAGCAAUUUUCGGACUAUCGUAUACCCAGUUCAAAAAGUGUUCAGCCGUUUGACCAAACGCUCAAUAGCACCCCGCUAUACAAUUUCAGAACGUAAUAAAUUGAGGGGUCUUGUGAAGAUGACAAGCAGAGAAGACAUUGAUGAUUCAAGCAAUGAAGACCGUAGAUCUCAACCUGAAAUUAUCACUAUCGUGAACUGUGCCUUGAAUGCUCCACUGAUGCUCAUAUCCAUUACUGGUAACACUUUGGUGCUAGCCGCCAUAUUGAAAACUCCUUCGCUUCGUUCACCGUCAACAAUUUUGCUGUGCAGUUUGGCUGUGUCAGAUGUCUUCGUUGGACUUGUCGCGCAACCGGUUUCCAUCGCUUAUCAGUUGACAGAGAAAGAUUCCCUACAUCAGGCAGUUAGAACGGUGGCGUUUCUUGCAGUAGGAGGUUCACUUUUGACAAUGACAGCCAUAAGUGUGGAUCGGUUCGCGGCUCUUCAUUAUCACAUGCGAUAUCCGAGCUUGAUGACUACACAACGCGCGUUAUAUAUCUCAGCAGUUCUAUGGUUGGUUAUCUUCCUUUCUUCAUGGUUACCCUUUUGGAACAUAAGUGCUUAUUACUCGGUGAUAGCUGCUAGUAUCGCUAUUUGUCUAUGUCUCUCCUCUCCUUGUUACAUCAGAAUCUACAGCAUUGUUAUCCACCACCAGUUACAAAUUCACAAUCAACAACAGGCCAUGGAAAUUAACGCUGAUCAUAAUCGAAACUUCCUCCGAUCAACAAGAAGUGCUAAAAACACUUUUAUAUAUUACGUCGUAAUGCUCCUGUGUUACACCCCGAUGUUUAUUGGAGUUUCAGUUUCAGUUUCAGUUAAUCAAUUUUCAAAACCGUGGACCUUCGUUGAAACGAUAGCAUUUAUGAACUCGUCAAUCAAUCCAUUUUUGUAUUGCUGGCGCCUGCGGCAGCUUCGAACAGCAGUUAUAAAAAUAGCAAGGCAGCUGUUAUGUAAACAAAUGGAAGAAAACUAGCUAAGUGAAGU